AAUACGUGUUGAAAUUCCGGUCAAAGCCAAUCUUUUCGUGCCACUCAUGCUUUGCGCGGCAUGAAUAGCAAAGCGUGUCGCCAAUGUACGUGAUGAUAUUGACGUGAAGAUAUGCGACAUGGUACUUGAAGCAAAGCGGUUGAAAACUAGUCUCUCGCCAGUUUGGAACAUAUUUACAAGUUUAAAAAGCAAAACGGUCCUCGCAAUAACCUAUCUUUAGGUUUAACCGAACUAACCGAGCGAUGGGAAACUGCCAUAUGGCAAGCGAAAGGGAAGCUGUUGUUGUCUCAGGUGGAUGUUGCAUUCCUCGAACUCAGCAGCACAAAGCGGUUGCGGGCAAACGGAGUUGUCUGUGGGCCUGGGCGGGGCUUAGUAAAGUUGAUAGGUUAACCCUGGAUGUACUUACGUUCAAAAAGGUUUACAGGAAUGUCAAAACGGCACGAAGUGAUCGAGCUUCUGUCUCAAUCAUUGCCGAAGUACAAAUUAUGCAGGAUCUUCAACAUUUCGCAAGAGCAAGUGAUUAUUUCCUCGGAAAAACCACAGAUGAAAUAUCUGAUGUUGUUCUUCAUGUUUUCGAGGCACAUCUUCGUGAUAUCUGUGAACAAUUAAUUCUGAAACGCAUCGAAGAAGAUGCAAAUCAUUUGUCAGUAAAAGUGCGGAAGGCAGCCAUUCCGGACGUAUGGGAUCUGGGAGUGUUAAUUCAUGACUUUUUCAUCACGGACGUCACAAGGGAGGAUUUCUAAAAGUUACAAUAGAACACAAAGAAUAAUCAACAAUAAGAUCAAUGAAAUGCAAUGAGUUCAAAACGCGGUUGACUAUUGAGAGCUCGGAAAGUGUCUUCUUUUCCUGUGAGUUCAUACGAGCCCUCUCUAAGGAACCAGCAGCGUACUCUUAGAGUAGACUCUCUGUGUAGUUCCAAGGGUGGGAGGCAUUAUCACAGGAAGGGACAUAAAUAAACAAGAGUUCCGUUACAGAGGUAAAUUUCUCAAAUUUCAACAUAGGCGUCCAAUAUAGGGCCGCUCGUCUCAGGCAUGCGUUGUUUUAGAUAUUCCCACGGUAGCAGACUGUGAUAUCAUAUCACAAGGGAGAGGCCAAAUAUUUGACAGAAUACAGUGGAAGUGUGAUUAAGUUUGGCAGACGCAUUAGAAGGCCAGUACGAAUAAGGAGCGUGUCCACGAGAGCACCGGGCAGUCGUGCUACAUGACAUCACACCGAUUUCAAUGAAACUUUGCCAGUUUAAAAGGUCUACCCCAAAACUAAAAAAGACGAAGUGGUUUCUGUUUUGGUUUUUUCCGGGGGGAGAUAGACCAUCCACCCGGUUUUUCUUGGUUUUUACCAAGGAAAUCGCCUCAAAAUAGGUAAAAUGUAUGAAGCUCUCACUGCGAUGGUAUUUAACCAAUUACUCUGAGGGUUUGCACACAUAUCAUUGCACCCUUACUAAAUGUCCGAAGCAAGUAUCAGUCAAUUUGAUUGACGGCUUGUCAACUAAGAGAGGCAAAUAAACAACAAUGCUU